GUUGCGCUGAGGGAAGAUCAGAGAGAAUAACUGUCCUCUUUAGACAUCAUCAUGGAAACUCAGAAAUGGUCUAUCGUGGCCCUGUGUCUGCUGGGGGUUUUGGGUUCAACCACCGCCAAAGUCUCUGUCUCUGGUCCAGUUGAGGAAGAGAACCCAGAGUUCUGGAGAGCCCAGGGUGCGAAGGCUUUGCAAGCAGCGCUGAACAGGAAGUUGAACACCAAUGUGGCCAAAAACAUCAUGCUCUUCCUGGGUGAUGGUAUGGGCAUUACCACCAUCACAGCAGCUCGAAUCCUCAAGGGCCAGAUGCACAACCAGUCUGGAGAGGAGACAGUGAUGACCAUGGAUACUUUCCCCCAUACGGGCCUCCUCAAGACAUACAGUGUUGACUUCCAGAUCCCUGACAGUUCAUCCACAGCCACAGCCUACCUGUGUGGUGUUAAGACCAACCUGAACACGGUCGGUGUGAAUGCUGCUGCUCGCAACGGAAUCUGCAAGACCCAGAAGGGCAACGAGGUCACCUCUAUUCUCAAGUGGGCCAAAGAUGCUGGUAAAUCGGUUGGCAUCGUCACAACAACGCGGGUCCAGCAUGCAACUCCUGCCACAACCUAUGCCCACAGUGCCAGCAGGAAGUGGUACAGCGAUGCAGACAUGCCCGCCUCUGCCAAGAAAGAAGGAUGCACAGACAUUGCCUCUCAGCUCCUAAAAAACACUGACAUUGAUGUGAUCAUCGGCGGGGGGAGGAAGUACAUGACCCCUAAGGGCACCUGGGAUCCAGAGUACCCCCGAGACUUGUCCUCCAGUGGCAAGAGACAGGACGGACGCCACCUCAUCUCUGACUGGCAGAAGAUGAAAGUCGGAAAGGUGGCUCGUUACGUGUGGAACAGGACUGACUUUGACGCUGUGGACCCUGACACCACUGACUACCUUAUGGCCCUGUUUGAGCCUGGAGACCUGCGCUUUGACGUGGAGAGAGACCCCACCAUGGACCCUUCCAUCGCUGAGACCACAGAAAAGGCCAUCCGCAUCCUCAGCAAAAACCCCAAGGGAUUCUUCCUCCUGGUAGAAGGUGGACGUAUCGACCAGGGCCACCAUGCCAGCAGAGCCUCCAUGGCGUUGCACGAGACGGUUGCCUUUGACAAUGCUGUCGCCAAGGGCCUGGAGCUGACCAAUGAGGAGGAGACUCUCACCCUGGUGACAGCUGACCACUCCCACGCCUUCACCUUCAAUGGAUACCCCUUUAGAGGGCAAAGCAUUCUGGGGAAAUCUCCUCUGUAUGGGAAGGAUAUGCUGCCUUACACAACCCUGAUGUACGGAAACGGCCCUGGAUACAAAGUCGUAGACAACAAGCGCCCUGACAUCCGUAAAGUGGAUACACAGUCGAAGGACUACGUGCAGCUGUCUGCGGUGCCCCUGGACACUGAGACCCAUGGUGGGGAAGAUGUGGCAGUGCUGGCCCGCGGCCCCAUGGCCCACCUCUUCCACGGGGUCCAGGAGCAGAGUUACCUGGCCCAUGCCAUGGCCUAUGCUGGCUGUGUGGGACGGGAUCUCAGGCACUGUGAAAGUAGACCUCAACACACCAAUACCAAGAGGAUCCUCGUCACUGCUACUGAUGAUGAUAGGAACAGUGCACCAUCCCUGGUAUCCUCCAUCUCUCUGGUUACUGCCCUACUGGCUGCCGUGCUGCACUGAGAGACUGGUGGAGGUGGAGAAGAGGGAGGGACAGAAAGAGGUCCAUUUGUUUUGCUACUCCUCUUCAACAAAAAAGUGCUCUGUGCCAAAAUGAUUUUGUCAAAUUAUGUAAAUUAUGACAAUACUCCUGAUUUGUAUAUGUUUAUAUUUAAAUAAAUAAUAUAUUUGUCGCUAAUAAAAAGUAUAUGGACUAGAAGAUAA